AUGUAUGACCUUACUCGAGCUAGGGAAGUAUUCGACUCCAGUUUGAGGUCAGAAGAUCAGUUGAUAGAAACGGAAUACAAGGAGUUAACUGAAUUGAUUGAUGGGCUUCAUAACAGAGCUGUGCUUCUCCGGAGACAAAUCAGUCAUUUCAAUUAUUACCUUGAUUCGUGCAUGGAUCAGAAUGAUGAAGAAUAUGGGACACUCCUUUCCUUCCUUCGACCUUUAACCCAAUCAAUUGCCGAGUUGGAGGAGUAUAGGCGAAAAGUUGAACGUCGACAUCACGAAAGCAAUGCAUCUAAAUAG